CUAGCAAAACUGAAACAGUGAAUGUAUUAACCCUUUAUUGUACUGCAUACUUAGGCCUAUAAACUGUGUCUGUAAUCAUUGUUUUACUGCAAACAACUCUUAAAUCAACACAAGGCAUGAAAUCAAAAAACGAAGAACUAAGGAUUACAGACAAGACAAGAAGAUAUGAUCAUAUUCAUCUUUAAGUCUGAGCAAAACAUAUGAAUUUAACCACCUGCAAAAAGCUGUUAAUGUAAUUACAGUCAUCCUCUAGUGCUGAGUGUCAGGUCUGGGUCCCUCCUCAAUGUCCCUUUAGAAAAUCAUGUUAACACUUAUUCUUUUUACAAAAUACUUUACACAUGGCGUUCAAAGACCACAUUCAUUAGAUGAAAGUGUCAAAGAAAACACAUUUUCAUUAGAGACAAAAGGUACUUGCGUAGCUCUUAACACUUGGGGACCCAAAGCCUCCAUAACAUCCCAGUUCAAAUCUGUUUAUUCAACAAUUGGGUUCCGUGCUAUAAAAACAAACGUGCAAACAUGAAAUAGAUUAAAUGGGAAGUUCUGAGCAAAACUAGUUAGCUAAAGAAUUAAUGUACUUAUAAUAUAAAGAAAUUUAUAACUGCAGACAACCUGAACAAAGGUGCCCUGAGGGGAUGUUGGGCCCAGACUUGUUUCCUGUCUCAUCAGAGACACACUUUCAUUUUUAUUUUGACAUAAACCUAUUUCCAUUCUCUGCAUUUUAACAUGUUGCAAUAACAUGACAAAGUGAAAUAUUAAGUUACUUUCCCGUAUUUGCUUUUAUUUUUGCACCCAACUUUUUAUGUAACCUUCUUACUCCCCUCGUUUGACCGGCAUUUUGCCAAAUGAUGGUGUCCACGGAGAUGCGCUGGGAAAAAGAGGCAACGUGUAAGAGUUUAACCCCAGAGGGCGACGCGCGCGAGGAGAUCGAGUUUCGUGACGCGCGGAAGUGUUAUAAUUGAACCUGGGAGUUCAGCGAUCAGUCACACAGAUUGACAGCGACUGUACUUCCCUCCGCGCGCGCGCCGCUCUCACCCCAUUUGGGAAGAGGAGCCCGAGAAGAAACUUCCAGCGGAGUUGCUUUCAGAAUGGAAUCGAGUUGUAGGUACUUUUCGUUUAAAUAGCACGAUCUGUCCUGAACUGAACUGUUUUUUUAAUCCGGUGGCAAAAUGCACCACAGGUCUUGAGCUGCUGUGAUCAUGCGCAUUUCUCGUCACGCUGUCCCAGUGCGACUUUGGCUCCUCACCACUUUGAAUCAGCGCUUCUUCGCUCUGCGGGUUCUGCGUCGCGCUCAGUUCUGACGGAUCCGGGGACUUGGAGGCGAUUCCAGCCGCGAGAUGGAGGACGCGAAAACUUCGAAUCGAUUUUUCCACAAGUCUUCGUUCAGCAUCAGCAACCUGUUGUGGAGACGAGAGGGGGUGACGAGUGACCAGGAGCCUCCGCCCGUGGCCCAGACACGACACCACGCACACCCUGACAAAUCCACACAAGAGGAAAACUUUGACCAUGGGAAAAACCGCGGAAACGCGGAGCAUUGCUCCAAAGUGGACGCCAAGCCCGCGGCUGCGCAUGGAAAGCAGGAGGGAAAUAAGGCAGAAUCGAAAAAAAGAGUUGAAGAAGGUGUCAAACCUGAAAAACCCCCUUUCAGUUACAACGCGCUCAUCAUGAUGGCGAUUCGCCAGAGCCCGGGUCGACGGCUCACGCUUAACGGCAUCUAUGAGUUCAUCAUGGAUAACUUUCCAUAUUAUAGAGAGAACAGACAGGGAUGGCAAAACUCCAUCAGGCACAAUCUGAGUCUGAAUAAAUGUUUUGUUAAAGUGCCGCGUCACUAUGACGACCCCGGCAAAGGCAACUACUGGAUGCUGGACCCCUGCAGCGAGGACGUCUUCAUUGGUAGCACAUCAGGCAAACUCCGGCGCAGGGCCGCAUCCGGCUCAAGGACCAAACUUGCCCUUAAAAGAGGAGCAGGUCACAUGAUGUCCUCCAGCAGCGCGACCAGCGUGACCUUGGCCGCUGCCGGUUCGUUUUACUGGCCGGUGCCGCCGUUCCUUCCCCUCCAAACCCCGGUGCGCACCCAAAUAGGCGCCGGGUCCUAUCUGAGCGGCCACCCCCGCUUCUCCAGCCACGCCGCGUCGGUUGUUUCGCAGCGGUCCCGCCUGAGUGCAACAAGUGCCGCCGACGCCGAUCGGUUCGUGCAGACGCACCAGGAGAUGUCGUACAUCGGAGUGAGUUGCGCGCAGUCCCGUCGCCAUCAGAUCGGCGCCGCGUGCGCCGCUUUCUCCGCGUCCAUUCCUGCGUGCACCGUGCCAUUAUCGGAUCCGUGCUCCUUCAACAUGAUCUCCGGACAGGCCAGCUACUUUUACUCACACCAAAUACCGUUUGCCGCAACCUUCAGCCCGUGCCAGGAGGAAAGCGCCCCCGCCAAGGCGCCCCCGGGACACAUUUUAUCGAAGACUGGUCAGUCAGACCUCGGCGGAUGUUAUAAUGACUUUCCAAAUUACUGCUCGCAAGUCAACUCAAGCCCCCCUUCCUCCUGGAUUAUAGAAAAAUAGAGAACGCAUUAUAACUGAUAGUCAGACUACUAUAAAACUUGAAAUAUUAUAUAUAUAUAUUAUAUAAUAUAUGUUAGACUAACAAAUAAGGCAAACUGGAACUUACAUACCAGAAUAAUCGCCAACAUUUUCCGAUACUUCUGUGUAUUAAACGCUAUUGGUGUCCUCUCCACGUGGCAACAAUUAAAUGUACUCUACAAUUUAGCAUAGGUUUCUUUAAGAUUGCGCAUAUAUGUGUGUAUUUACGCGCUGUUUAUUUGGGGCAGGAUCAACCAAUCACAUUUAAAUCAUAGCCUAAUUAUUAGACUGCAUCCGUUAUUCGAACCUAUUCCUGUUAAACAGUGGUCUGUGUGUCUCAUUAUUUUUGCAUAUGCGUAUGUGCAUGUCUGUAGCUGUAACUGAAGUGGUGUUUGCGUGCAUGUCAGUGUGUAAGUCUAGAAUCACUCUGCAAAAAAUAACAAGAAUUAAAUGAAAUUUUAAAAACGUCUGACGUUUGAAGGGAUUCAUUUUAGUCAGCGUGCCAUCAACACUAAAAGCGAUUACUUUACAGUUAGUUCUGGUAUAAGCGAGGUACAAAAAAGGAAAAAAUAAUUAAAAAAAACAAUUAUUAAAACAGGUUUCAGUUCAAACAAGAUAAAUAAUAAUAGAAGUGAACAGUGAGUUAAAAUAGUGUUAAAGGCGAUUAUUUACUGCACUUCUAACUUAUAUGGUCUUCGGCGUCGUUAUUGUUACAACUAAAAUAUGACCCUUUUAAGCCUACAUAUAAUUAACCGAUAAAUAAUUCAUUUUAAUUGUGUUUUCUUUUUACCUCAUUAAAAUGUACUGUUGUUGAUUGUUCUUAUUUGCCUGUGUUAUUAUAUGUUUCACUCCAGAGACUGGAGCCCACACAGGGACAACAGAAGAAAAGACUUUUACCAGACUUUUUUUUAGAAUACGU